AAAAAUCCAGUAGUUAUAGACCUAAGCAAAGUAUUAUGCUUUAAAUGUGAAAGAUAUGGACACUUUCAAAAAGACUGCACAAGCAUCAAACGAUAUGCCAAAUAUCUGGAAUGGACUAGCAAACCUAAAGAUAAUCAAAGCCAAAGUUAUAGAGAAAAGAUCCAAGCUGAUAAACUAAAGUACCAAAAAGUCAUUGAUAAACUUAAUGACCAAAUAAAAUUAUUAAAUAUCAAAGCUAAAAGUAACCAAAGUGAAUACAAACCAAAAGAGUAUAAACCACGAGAAAAAAAACCAAGAAAGUUCAAACCUCGUAACAAAAGAAAUGGGAAAUCUAGACAAGAAACAAAACCUUUUGUUAAAAAAGAAAAAGGAAAUUACCAGCCUAAACGAGAAUUCAAAAGUACCAGAAAGAAUUUUCAAGGCAAACCAAUGUACAAAGAAUCAAAAGAUGAAAUCAGGUUCAGCAAUCCCAAUAACGUAGAAUAUAAACCAUCGGUACCAAAACAAUUCAACCCAAAAAAACAAGAAUACAAUCAAGAUGGCAAAUACUUAGAAGAAAUCCGUAAGAAAACUCAAGAACUCAAAUUAUUGGAGAAACUCCACAAGAAAUUUGGAAACAAAGAAGUCCACAAUUUCGAACAUGAUGAAGAAUACGAUAAGUAUUCAGAAUUAUGUGAAAAGUAUCAAGAAGUGUUCCACUUCGAAGAAGAAGAACCUUCUUACAGUGAAGAAGAACCUUCUGACAAGAUUAUUCUUUUACGAGCCGAACUAAGUAAUAGAAAGCUACAUAGCAAGGUAUACCCACAUCCGGCCAAUGAUGACCAAAUUUCAAGGAGUGAAGACUCAUCUGAAAAAUCUGAGUCUGAAGCUACCAUUUACAUAAAGGAGUCAGAUUUUGAUUCAUCAAGUGAUUCUUCCAUCUCAGAUGAUUCGUCAGAAAACUCUGACCUGA